AGCUCGUCAACCUGCACUGGCAAUGGAGCUCGAAACGUUCUUGGCGACGCAGCCAUGGCUUGCGCUCGUCCACGACGUGCCGGACGCAUGCGAUGCAAUGGAGCAAAUAGAUCCGACGACCAUGCAUGGCAUGUUCCUCGUGAACGACUAUUCGUUCUGCUCCUUUGCACCAACGCACGGCGACCAGACCCAGUUUGACUUUGCCUUCUUUUUGCAGCGCGGCAGUUCGUCCACUACGCCGGUCAAGCGCGGCAUGGAUGGUGCUGUUGUAAAGCCUGCCGUAUCUAGACUUUACGUGCGAAUCCUGGACAAGAUAUACUGGAUCGACCACGGCCACAUCGAACGCCCUCCCGAGGUGGUCGCGUCAAGUCCAUCCGUUCCCGUGUACACCGAGUUUGAGCUUGGAUCUGUCCGAUUCCGCUUCUGGAUGUGUCCGUCGCUGUCAAGGGACGAGCAGCACUCGCGCCUAUCGAAUGUUCUGUCGACGUUGCGUCAACACCUUCGCCUUCCUUGCACGCCGCCGCCGUCACUACCCACGCUGCACUCUCGUGUCGUGCCUGACGAUUCUCCAUAUCAAGUAUUCCAGCGCCUUUGGGAACACGAUGCCGACUGCGACAGCAAACUGCGCGCUUUCGCAGAACUUUGCGAAGCCCACGGCAUCGACGCCCACGUGCUACCACGCAGUCUACCUCGAUCCGCGGCAAUUGCCGAUAUCUGGCAAAGCAAACUCCUCCACGGCGACCUCGACACGCUCAUUCGUGCGUUCGGCUUUGGAUUUUCCACUGCUUGUGACAUCCACGACGAAUGCUUCCUCCUACGUGCGUCUGGAACGACGACCCGUCCAUCCCAGACUACUCAAUGCACGACAGUGCUAUGGGAGCUGUGGGAACGCUAUCUGGAUGCCAACGACUUACCUGCAAGUGAGACCAGUCAGCCAGCAGGCAGUGCGAUCGACAUGCGAGUCCACUUGCUCACGUAUGCGCUGCAUGAAAUGGGUGGCUGUCGUCGCUCAAGCGUUGUGGACGGUGGGUAGGUCGGCCAUGGUGUGUCGCAACUUGCGCGAGGAGUGGUCGAGACAUGCAACUUCUGUCCGGUCGUUGCUGAUGGCGUCCGAGUCGCGGUUGUUGGAUGAGGUAUUUCCACCAUCGCUGCACCCUCCACGGUCCGACAUGGACAUCCAAGCGGCGUGCACGCAACUCCAUGCGGUCAAACAAGCAAAGAAGAAAGCGCUUCGUGACGAGCUCGUCGUGUUGUUGCUGCCGACGGCGCUGCGAUGAUUUCACGGCGCAUGGAAACACAUAUUCACACGCUCGAUUACAUCAUGAACAGUAACACGGCACGAACAACUACAUCAAAAGCCUUCAAACACGAGGGCAACUUUGGGGUCGACGGAAAGACCACCGUCGUAGUACUCUUCAUCCUUGUCGACGCCCCACAGCGUCGACUCGUCCUCGAUCGGAUUCUCAUCGCACUCGUCGGGUGGACUGUCG